AAAGAAAAAGAGGAGAGAGAGAGAGAGAGAGAGAGAGAGUGAGAGAAGAUCAAUCGGAAUUAGAAGAUGGGAAUGGUAUGGCUUGAAGCAGCUCUUCCACUGGGUAUUAUCGCCGGUAUGAUGUGUAUUAUGGGCAACGCUCAGUACUACAUCCACAAAGCUUAUCACGGCAGGCCCAAGCACAUCGGAAACGACUUAUGGGAUGUGGCCAUGGAGAGAAGGGACAAGAAGAUCGUCGAGAUUUGCUCUGCUCUCCCUAACAAAUAGAUACACUCUUUUCUGGAUGCAUUAGUUGGGCAUUUGAAGAAAUAAAGUGAGCAAUCAAGUUUUUGAAAAGCCAACCAUGAGUUUCAAGUGGAUCACCAACUUGUGUUCUUUAUUCUAUUGUUUUCUUGUUGAUGUAUCUAUGCAUGCGUCGAAUUGGCAAAUCUGGUGGAGGAAACCAAUUUAACUUGUGAUUGUGUAAUCAUUUUACGGGAUCUGGAGCUUGUGAGCUUUGAUCAUUUUAUGCGCUUUUUAUUUGUAGCUAAAUCUGAGGCUUUCUUGGGUUUGUUGAAUAAUUGACAGAUUGGACAGGCAGUGUUUGGUGAUAAAAUUGAUAAAAAGGUUUCUCAUUUGAGAAUUAUUAUA